AUGGCAUGCGAGCACUCAACCUCCUCUCGUGUUGCUCAACUGGCUGCUCGCAUCCCGAAAAGGACAUGGGACACUCAUAUGCACGUCGUGGAUCCUCGAACAUUUCGCUUGGCCAAGAAUGCUCAAUAUCAAGCGCAGCCACAUACGCUCGAUCAAGCGAAAGCGUUUCUGAGCCAGCUCGGUAUCGAACGGAUGAUCAUUGUCCAGCCCAGCAUCUAUGGCAACGACAAUGGCUGCACUCUCGACGGUCUCCGUACUCUUGGGCUUACUCACGGUCGAGCGGUGGUUCAGUUCGAUCCCGAGACGACCUCAGCCGCCCAGCUGCGGGAAUGGCACGAUCUUGGCGUACGAGGCGUGCGGCUGAACUUCAAGUCAGUCGGCGCAAAACUUGAGCAAACGUCGCUCAUUGCCGAACUGCAGAAGUAUGCGGAUGUCGUCCGCCCACUCGGCUGGGUACUCGACUUGUAUAUCGCUAUUGAAGACAUCCCGCUUCUUGAGGCUGCCAUGGCAGAGCUCGGAGAAGUCAAAGUCUGCAUUGCUCACCUUGGGCACCCGUCUGCGACAUCCCUUGAUGCUGCACGGGACGCUGAAGCUAUGCCGGGAUCCCACUCCGUUGCGAGGCUGCUCAAGCAAGGCCAGACUUGGGUCAAGCUCUCAGGCACGUAUCGCAUAAGUCAAGACCCGCGGCAUCCGCUUGUCAGCAGCCUAAUGCGCGAGGUCCUCAAACUGAGACCAGAUAGAUGUGUCUUCGCCACUGAUUGGCCACAUACGAGGUUCGAUGGCCUUGAUGUGGCGCCUUAUCUCGAGGCUAUCUGCGACUGUAUAGAAGCGGAGGGCGUGCCAUUGCAGCAGGUUCUGGUAGAUAACGCGGAGCUGUUGUUUGAUGGCAAAGAUCAGAGUGUGUAG